AAUAGUAGUCUGCCUCAGACAAUGACGCAUGUGACUCAAUGUGAAAUGAUUUACAAAAAUGAAAUCAGUUGCAAUUUGGUCUAGAGAAAACACACUGAUGAAGCAAUACUAAUAAACAGAAAAUUCUCCUUCAUUUACAAAUUUAAUCAUUCAUCAUACCUUUUCUGGCGGCCUGCUUGAACUCUGGGCUACCGUUUUCUAUCAUCGAGUAUAUUGCAUCAAAUUUCUUAUUUCUAUAUUGUUUUAAUCGUUUAAUUAUGUCAACCAAUCGUAUUGUAUAUUCUCGCGCGUUUUUAAAAUCAUUACAACCUAUCGCUUCGCAAGUUGAUAGGAAAUUUAAGAAGAAGCACCACGGUGGAUGGCAACGAGCUCUGAAGCGUAUGACCAUAGAUCAAAUGACUAUUCCGGAAAUACUUAGCACAAACUGCAGGUCGUUGCCGAAUAAAGUUGAUUACCUUCAGUCACUCUUGUCCACAAAUGUUUAUCGAAACACGGGUGUAAUAAUGCUGCAGGAAACAUGGCUUCAUAAUCUGUAUGAUGAUGACUUAGUCUGCUUAGAUGGUUUCAAAUUAUUUCGACAAGAUCGAAGCUUUUCGAAGAAGAAAUGUGGUGGUGGUGUAGCAACAUUUAUUAGUACUAACUGGUCGUCCUCCAACUAUGUAUGCUUCUGCUUCUCUAACGAAAAAAUUGAGUGCAUUACCAUCAAAUGUCGUCCCAAACAUUUGAGCAAAUACAAAUACAUAUAUAUCACAAACAUGUAUGUCACACCUGACUGCAGUUUCUCAGAUUUGUCAACUUUUGCUGAUAAAUUCACUGAAUUUGCUGCUCCGGUUCUGGGAAACUCCUUGUCUAUUGUCUGUGGUGAUUUUAACUCAUGUGACUACAGUUUUCUAUUAUCAUUGGGUCAUAAAAAUAUGGUUAACUUUUCCACUCGUCUUGACAACACCUUAGACUUUGCAUUUACAAAUGAACCUGGCAUAUAUGAAGCCCGUAAACGGGCUCCACUGCUAAAUUCCGACCACUGUAUCGUUCGUGUUUUGCCUAAAGUGUACGGAAAAUUAUACAAGAAAGCUUUUGCAUACCUUUCAAGGAAAGUUCAAUACAGAUGCUAUUCACAAGAAAAUAUAUUACGUUUGAGAAGCAUGCUUAUAGAAACGGACUGGGAUAUAUUUGCUGAUGAAGUUUUAGACAACACUAUUACCAAUAUCACAAGCUAUCUCAGAUUCUGUCUCGAUAUCUGCUGCCCUACUGAAACAAUUUACAUGAGAUUUGACAGACUUUCCUCUCCUCAUCUCAAGAGGCUUCGGAGAGAAAAGGAAAGGUUGUAUAAGGCGAGAGAUCACCCUGGCGUUAAAAGGCUUAACUGCCUAAUUAAGUCUGAAAUACAACGUCUGAAUACUAUAUACAACGAGUUCUUAUCGUGUAAGAACUCUUCCAAUAUAUGGAAAUUAUUUAAAGAGCUUACUGGUAAAAAACAGAUGACAACACAAACUCGUUCGGAUGUCUGCGCGUUAAACAAGUCAUUUAUACGUCGGCAAGCUAAUUUCACCCUUCCUAAUGUGCAAAAUCAAGUGGAUAGCUGCUUUCCAGGUUUCAAUACAAAUGAUGUAUUUAAAUGUCUAAAGUCUUUGAAUCCCUCCCAAAGCUUAGGUCCUGAUGGUGUUUCUAGUAUCAUAUUUAGAAAAUGUGCAGAUAUUUUGUGUCAUCCACUUACAGAUAUCUUCAAUGUAUCGUUCUCUAAAAACAUAAUACCCACUGCUUGGAAGCAGAUAAAAAUUGUACCUGUGCCUAAGCCAUCUUCUGGAUCAGAUGUUACUUUUCGACCCAUCGCUAUAACUUCCCCUUUUCUGAAGACAAUGGAGAAAUUACUUCUGCUUGUGAUUGAGCCUUCAUUGAUGGCCUUCAGAGAUCCAAAACAGUUUGCUUACAAACACCGGAGGAGUACUUUAGAUGCAGCUACUGUCUUGCAUCAUAAUAUUGUUUCUAGUCUCGACAAAGGUGUUAAGUAUGUCCGUUGUGCCUUUUUGGAUUACUCAUCAGCCUUUGACUCUGUUCCUAGACCACUUUUGUUAAAUAAGCUUGCCAUAGCUCACACUGAUCCAUGGGUUACAAAAUGGCUGCAUUCUUAUUUUUCUGAAAGGAAACAGUACACUAUUCAUAAAGGAUGCGCUCCACUUCAUUGCUUACUGAAGCUGGUGUGCCUCAAGGUGCUGUACUUUCUCCUUUUCUGUUUUCCUUUUUUUGCACGAUUUGCCUUAUUCUGUUGAAACUAAUUUUAUCAAGUAUGCUGACGACCUGACGAUUUCUAUUCCAGUAAACUCUUCUUUGGAUUGCUCGAAAUUAAAUGAAUUCUUGUCUGAAGUUGGUAAAUGGUCUCAAACUAAACCCCUCUAAAUGUCAGACCGUUAAUUUUAGCCUCAGGCGUAAACAAGACUAAAAAAAAAAAAAAAAAAAACAUGACGCCUGCUGCAUGAAUGGUAUUUCUGCAGAAAGUAAAUCGAGUGUGAACUAUCUUGGGUUGCGUUUUACUUCUGACCUUUGUUGGUCGUCCCAUAUUUUAUUGACUUGUAAAAAAAUCUUUCGUUUAACUUAUUACGUAAAGAAAUUGAGGCUUUCUGGUAUAACUCAACUGCUUCUUUUACAAUUUAUUAAUUCCUGCAUUUUACCUAUUCUUCUAUAUUGUUCCCCAUUAAUCUUUCCUGGUCUUCUUAAAAAGGACUAUGUUAUGUUGCGUAGGGCUUUGAAGACCGUCAGCAGGGUGAGUGGUGUGUCUCUGGCUCAACUGAUUAACACUGUAGUUGAUCGACAUAUAAAUUCCUGCAAGCUACUAGCUACAGAAAUUUUAACUGACAGUGAGCAUCCACUUCAUUUACAGCUCUCUCCAUGUAUCUCCUCAGGGAGGACAAGGAGAAACUACAUAAGACUGUAUGCUCGUACAGCUAAGUAUAAGAAUUCGACUGUACCUUACCUUGCACGUGUAUUUUGUGAGGAAAAAAGUGUUAGAACAGAAAUCACACAUCAACUUUGUGACAGUUAAAAAUCUCAUUUCAAUAAUUUAACUUACAAUGCAAAAUUUUCUCGUUUUUAAUAUUCUUCACAUAAAUUUUUAUAAUAAAACAAUUCAAAAGGCUGCAAAGUAGUAUGUAUAUACUUAUAUUUUGUUGUUAUUGCAAUAUAUAUUACGCUGAGAAUUCCAAAUUGUACCACAAAUUGUUUGGAAUAAAGUGAAUUAUUAUUAUU